AUGACAGGCACAGCAAAUGAAAGAGUAGUUCAGACAGAAAGCGCUUUAGAUCUUGAGUCACGUGGAGGCGAAAAAGGAAGCAACCUGACCCCACCUGGAGUUGGAGAAGCUUUGGCUCGAUCUGAAGAGACGGGGGUGGAGGUGGGCCCUGAAAACGAAUCUUUGUUGAACGAGGACGGAAUUCUGCCUGUGCAGCCCGAAGGGACAGACUUGAAGGUAGAGGUGGCUGAAGAGGGAAAGGAAUCUUUGUUGGAAGAGGAAGCGGACGGGGAAGAAAACGGAUGCCAACACGACGACGACUACGAAAUUCCGCUGCCAUUGCGAGGCCGUCAGUUUGCCAACAUUGACACCCUUCAUGACGCGCUUGAAACUCUGGGGCUUACUGACUACAAAUUCCAGUUAGACAGUGAAGGCUAUGUCACCAUUCCAGAUACCAAGCACAACGAGGCCUCUGACUUAUUCGAGACGAACUAA